GCCUGGGCCACACGGUGAGACCCCAUCUCACUAAAUAAACAAAAUAAAAGUCAAUUACAAGAAAAUCAUCAUAAAUGUUUCAACAGAUGAAGAGUAUGACCAUUAUAGCACUGCUUGCAAUAGCAAAAUUUGGAAGCAAUCUUCAUUGUCCAACAGUAAGUGACAGAAGUGACAGAUUAAAUAAAUCCUGACAAAGGGAUAUCAGGCAGCCAUUAAAAUAACUGUAAAAUAAAUGUAUUGACAUUUAAUUAUAUGUUAAGUAGAAAACUUUGGCUACAAAACAAGUCCCCAGAAUGAUCUAGUUUUUAUUUUACAAACCUGUCUCUGUAUCCCUCUCUGUUCCCCAUUCCAUGCCGCGCCUCUAAUUUUUUCAAUUAAAAAAAUCUGGAAAGAUACAGAUAGAAAGGGUCUGAUAGCACUGAUUUCAUCUUGGUAUAAGGAAUUCUGAGUAUUUCAAAGCUAAUUUAUUUGCAUUUAUGUGUAUUUUCUGAUUUUUCUGUAAAGAAUAUUAAUUUCUUUUCAAUUUAAAGAAGCAUAUUACAGAAAAAGAGAAAUCAGUUUAGGAAAGGAGUCAGUGAGGGAUACCCGAGUGCAUCACUGAGGUCAACAUCAUGCAAGACUAUCACCAUGGUUUCCCACAAAAUAUUCUUUGGUGCCACUGUCAGAAUUUAGAGCCAGUCAGAUUGAAUAUUAUUCUGACUCAGCAUGACAUUUCUUUUUGCUCUUAGGCUAAUGCUUAAAAGCUUGAAACAAUGCACUCUAUUCAAUACAUUUCAUCAAAUAUUUAUUGAGUGCCUACUAUGUGCCAAGUACUAAGAAUACAAGAUUAGCAAGACAUAGUUUUGUUGUAAUCUAAGUCAACCCCUCAUAGUAUGUGUACCACUUUGAAAAUCUGAGAUGAUUGUUCUGAGAUUCUACAGGCAGAAGGAUCAUAGAAAACAAUGUCCAAAAAAGUUCAUACUAAAAUAACCUAUUUAUAUUUUCACUGUUUUAAUUCUUGCAAUAUUUUAAACACAAUGUAGAAUUAUGUUGCAUCAUUAUUUUAAAAAUACCCACAUAUUUGUGGCUCUUCACUGUGAUACUACCUCUAUUCUCUGCUUGAAUCAGUAACAUUUCUAUGCUUAUUACUGCUUUGAGAAGAAAUUAUUCCAAUCUGUUCAGUCUUUGAGCCAAAUCUCUCAGUCUGACUUUGAGAUCCUCACUAAAAACUCUAGUUCCCUCAUGAGGCAAAACUCUUUCUAGAGUAUGUUUCAAAGCAAAGUUGUGUAACCAACAAUUAAACAGUUAAUAAACUGAAAUAGUUUAAAGUUGGACUUAGUAACUUUGCACAUUUACUUAUUACAUUAUAUAUUACAACUAUUGUUUAUGAAUUAAAAUUUUGAUCUCAGUUAAAUAAUUUCAGUUUCUUCAUCUUUGUUGUCCCAUUAAUUAUUAUUGCUAUAUCUAGAAGGUUUUAUUUGUUUGUUUAUUUAUUUGCCCAAUUCUCUUGGCAUGGAGUUUAUUUGAAUCAGAAUGUAAAGAAGCCUGGAGAUCAUCUUCUACCACUAUUUUGUUUUGUGGAAGAGAAUAUUUAAGCCAGACAUAAAGUAACUUGUAGGAGUGUAAAGUGUUUUGCAUAGUGUCUUUUGAAAUGUAGAUACGUGAAAGCUGGUAUCUAUUGUUCUUAGAAUUUUGUAAUUCAGAUUACCAGUCUAGUGUUCUUACCCACCUUGGAUUAUUUCUCCUUACUGUUGGGUAAAACCAUUCUUUAGACCUGUAAAUUGCUCAAGACACUAGGUGUAUUUUUUUACGGUACUUGAUGGGUCAAUUUGUUCAUUUAACACAUAUUUAUUAAGUACCUACUAAGUGCCAGGUGCUGAUCUUGGCAUUAAUUUAAAUGUUAACAGAAAGUAUUAAGGAGUAAGUAUUAUUUCAAAUCCAUACAAAUGACCAUUUUGUGCCUAGUCAUGUGUGUGUGUGUGUUUGCGUGUGUGUGUGCAUGGAAUAAGUGUGUGUAUGUGUGAGAGAGAUAGAGAAUGUUUGUUUCCUUCCUGUGUAAAAUCUGCCCAAUUUUCUAUCUUACCUGUCAUUAUAUGUCAAACAUAUGCUAUUAAAAUUAGCUUAUUUCUGAGAAGCAUGUCUACAUUAAGGUUCCUGGGUUUUAUUUUAUGAUGAAAUGCUAACUUCUGUUUAUGAAAUAAAUUAUUUAUUUCAUAAUUUUGAAUAGGAUGGUACUUUCAAAAACCUGCCUGUGAUUAGAUUUGGGGCAUUAAACAUUUCAAUAUGAUAAUUUUUUUUCUUGGGCCUGUGGCAUCAUUUUAAUUUUAUUGUGACAUAGAAAAAUUUUUAUUAAUAAUAAGACUUUGCUUUCAGAAUGCUAUGAAAUAGUACAAGUAAUGUUGUGUAAAAUAGUGCAGAUGGAGCAUCUCUAAUCCACAGAUCCAAAAUCUGAAAUGUUCCAAAAUUCAAAACUUUUUGAGCACCAACAUGACACCAGAAGUUGAAAAUUCCACACAUAAGUACUUUACACAAACUUUGUUUCGUGCAUCAAACUAUGUACAAUGUUUUAUAAAAUUACCUUAAGGCUAUGUGUAUAAGCUGUAUAUGAAACAUAAAUGAAUUUUGUGUUUAGACUUGGGUCUCAUCCCCAAGAUCUCUCUCUCUCUCUCUCUCUCUCUCUACAUAUAUAUAUAUAUGACACUCAACGUGCACAAGUAAUGCCACACUCAGAAAAACUGCUUCCUUCUUUAAAUUGUUCGUCUCCAUUGUAAAACUGACAGUCAAAUUUUAGUAACUCCUGAUCAUUUUUAUGUUUCUUCUGUUCUUUUUACACUCCUCAUCCAACAUUUUGGUCCUGUUUGUUGGCUCUCUCUUUUUAUAGGUCUGCCCUAUCUUCUCUUUUCAGUUGUUAUUUGACGUUACUAGUCUUGCUGUCAAUGCAUCUCAGUCUUUGGAUUCCAGAUUGCUAUUUUAUAUCCAUCUGCUCUGUCCUGAUUGUCAGUGAAAAGUGUUGCUCUUUGCUUGAUGGGACAUCAAAACUCUGAUAAUCUUUGACUCCUGCUUCAUUCAGAGAUGGGUGGUGUGUGAAAAAGGAUACAGGUUUCUUGGUUAUACAUUUAGGAUACCUUACAAAUUUUCCAAAGACUGACAUUAACCUCCAGUUAGGGGUAAACGACAAAGUGGCACAACGAAGAAGAAGAAGAAGGAGAAGGAGAAGAGAAUUUGAGUAGUUAGUAUUUUCAGUUCUGGACCUGGACCUAAGGAAAACCACUACCAAGUUAGUAUAUCAAUACACACAAGUAUCUCCUGAACUAUUUUUUUGUUUGUUUUUGGAGGGAAAGGGAGCUUGGCAACUGCUUGUAGGUACUGAUACUAAAAUGUUGCAAAUACAUGAAGGUUCCUUGGUGCUUGCAAAAUAAGCACAACAUGUAAAACAAGCAUAGAACUACCUAGUUUACUAAAGUCUUAAACCUAACUCACAGGUGUCAUAGUAUAAAAUAGUACUAUGGAUGCUAAAACCAAUGUCUUAGACUAGUCAAGUACUAAAGAUACACUUGUUGAUACUACACUAACCUGUAUUUUAAACCUUAUUUUUAGGUCACGCGUAGCACUAAUAAAACAGUAAAUAAGCACCAUAAGAGCAUGUCAAAAUGUAGGAGGAAGGCCACAACUAAACUUCAUAGUAAAACCUGCCACCAUAUGAUUAAACAUGCCACCAAAAAGUUUUUAGCUAGUUUUCGAUUUAUAUCCCUACAUAUCUUUGGGAUAGAGCCAAAGAAAUGAGUUCAUGGAAAGGUACAAAGGUCAUUUUAAGCCCUGGUUUUGGGAGUGUCAGUGUUUGUUACAGCAGCAGAAGGAAGGCUGAAACAGAAAGUUGUGUCAUAAACAGAACAAAUACUGUUUUAACAAUUUUUUUUUUGGUCUUAAAAACAGCAAAACCCACCAUCUUCCUGGAGUCUGCGUUGUCCCCUUCCAGAAUAGAUGUGAAGUUUUUAAACGAACCUACAGUAGAAGCAAGCCUUCUCCAGGAAAUCCCAAUCUUUUUCCAAACAGGAACAGCAAGGGUUCUCUCUGUUGUGGCUGUUUUUCCCUCUGGGAAUUGGUUUGCCUUCUGAGAGCAUCCCAGGGAGGGGAGGUGCGCCCCAAAUUAGCGAGGCUCUGCCAAAUACCAAAGGCUCUUCUUUGGAAGGAGACUCCUCCUUUGGACGUGAGGCGCCCCUACCAGAGCACCCGCGUACAGAAACGGAAACCACUAGCUGCGCUGAAGUGAGUCAAGUGAUGAAAUCAAGACUACACGGGAAGGAAGCUCACGAAACCUAACUGGUGACAGAAGCUGCUGAACCCUGCCCGAGGAAACCACAUGAGCCAGCAGUUGCUGCCCUUCCGAAGUGGUCCUCGGAGGCAGCGCACCCCUUCAUUUUGGCGAACCGAGGAGGAAGGGAGGAAGCGUGUGGGGGAAAUCUAGAACUUCUGUUUCCCCAAGGACCCAGCAGACUGUUCUGGCUACAAGGUGAUCACUGCCACCAGGUCAGUGCAGGAUUCCUCCAAUGUAGACGGACCGGGAGCCACAACUUGCGCGGAGCAGCAGUCUCGCCGACCGCGCAGAGAGAAGCCGCACAACAGCCAGGCUUGGCCCGGACGGCGCCCCCACCCCGCGCGCGCGGUCAACGGUUCUCACCUGAAGCGCUCAGGUAGUGCUGGGGCGGGGCGGGAGGCUGGCGCGCAGGCGCGGGAGCGGGGCCUCGCCCCUGCCGACGUCGCAGACCGGAGCUCACCUGGGAGACUCCUAGAGGAAGCCGAGCCUCGGUUCUGCCUCUCCAGGCAACGCGGGAGGCCCAGCGGGAAGGCAGGAGGCGGCGGCGGAGGAGGAGCUCUACUUAGCCGCAACUGUAGCGACAGCAACCGGAGUCGCAGCGGCAGCCACCUGCACCUGGAGCCCAGCCCACGUCCAGCGCCCGCCCGGCCGCCGCUUCCCGCCGCCCUGCCCUGCCCUGCCCAGCCCACCCGCCAGGUACUACCAUUUAAAGAUACCUUCUUCUCAGCAAAUCUAUGAUAAAAAAUAUAAGUAACAGAAGAAAUAACUGUUAUUUGUCGAGUGACAAGCUUUUAAUGUCAGAAUGGCUCACCUAAAGCGACUAGUCAAAUUACACAUUAAAAGACAUUACCAUAAAAAGUUCUGGAAGCUUGGUGCAGUAGUUUUUUUCUUUAUUAUAGUUUUGGUGUUAAUGCAAAGAGAAGUAAGUGUUCAAUAUUCCAAAGAGGAAUCAAGGAUGGAAAGAAGCAUGAAAAACAAAAACAAGAUGUUAGAUUUAAUGCUAGAAGCUGUAAACAAUAUUAAGGAUGCAAUGCCAAAAAUGCAAAUAGGAGCACCUGUCAGGCAAAACAUUGAUGUUGGUGAGAGACCUUGUUUGCAAGGAUAUUAUACAGCAGCAGAAUUGAAGCCUGUUCUUGACCGUCCACCUCAGGAUUCAAAUGCACCUGGUGCUUCUGGUAAAGCAUUCAAGACAACCAAUUUAAGUGUUGAAGAGCAAAAGGAAAAGGAACGUGGGGAAGCUAAACACUGUUUUAAUGCUUUCGCAAGUGACAGGAUUUCUUUGCACCGAGAUCUUGGACCAGACACUCGACCUCCUGAAUGUAUUGAACAAAAAUUUAAGCGUUGCCCUCCCCUGCCCACCACCAGUGUCAUAAUAGUUUUUCAUAAUGAAGCGUGGUCCACGUUGCUUAGAACUGUCCACAGUGUGCUCUAUUCUUCACCUGCAAUACUGCUGAAGGAAAUCAUUCUGGUGGAUGAUGCUAGUGUAGAUGAGUACUUACAUGAUAAACUAGAUGAAUAUGUAAAACAAUUUUCUAUAGUAAAAAUAGUCAGACAAAGAGAAAGAAAAGGUCUGAUCACUGCUCGGUUGCUAGGAGCAACAGUCGCAACAGCUGAAACGCUCACAUUUUUAGAUGCUCACUGUGAGUGUUUCUAUGGUUGGUUAGAACCUCUGUUGGCCAGAAUAGCUGAGAACUACACAGCUGUCGUGAGUCCAGAUAUUGCAUCCAUAGAUCUGAACACAUUUGAAUUCAACAAACCUUCUCCUUAUGGAAGUAACCAUAACCGUGGAAAUUUUGACUGGAGUCUUUCAUUUGGCUGGGAGUCACUUCCUGAUCAUGAGAAGCAAAGAAGGAAAGAUGAAACCUACCCAAUUAAAACACCCACUUUUGCAGGAGGACUUUUUUCCAUAUCAAAAGAAUAUUUUGAGUAUAUUGGAAGUUACGAUGAAGAAAUGGAAAUCUGGGGAGGUGAAAAUAUAGAAAUGUCUUUCAGAGUAUGGCAAUGUGGUGGGCAGUUGGAGAUUAUGCCUUGCUCUGUUGUUGGACAUGUUUUUCGCAGCAAAAGCCCUCAUAGCUUUCCAAAAGGCACUCAGGUGAUUGCUAGAAACCAAGUUCGCCUUGCAGAAGUCUGGAUGGAUGAAUACAAGGAAAUAUUUUAUAGGAGAAAUACAGAUGCAGCAAAAAUUGUUAAACAAAAAGCAUUUGGUGAUCUUUCAAAAAGAUUUGAAAUAAAACACCGCCUUCAGUGUAAAAAUUUUACAUGGUAUCUGAACAAUAUUUAUCCAGAGGUGUAUGUGCCAGACCUUAAUCCUGUUAUAUCUGGAUAUAUUAAAAGCGUUGGUCAGCCUCUAUGUCUGGAUGUUGGAGAAAACAAUCAAGGAGGCAAACCAUUAAUUAUGUAUACAUGUCAUGGACUUGGGGGAAACCAGUACUUUGAAUACUCUGCUCAACAUGAAAUCCGGCACAAUAUCCAGAAGGAAUUAUGUCUUCAUGCUGCCCAAGGUCUCGUUCAGCUGAAGGCAUGUACCUACAAAGGUCACAAGACAGUUGUCACUGGAGAGCAGAUAUGGGAGAUCCAGAAGGAUCAACUUCUAUACAAUCCAUUCUUAAAAAUGUGCCUUUCAGCAAAUGGAGAGCAUCCAAGUUUAGUGUCAUGCAACCCAUCAGAUCCACUCCAAAAAUGGAUAUUUAGCCAAAAUGAUUAAGUGUUCCUUAAAAUUAAGUUGAAAAAGGAGACAUUCUUUCUCAUAAAACUGUGACUAGGCAUACACUGUAGGUUUUGAAAAUUAUGCAAAAGCAGCUAAAUGUAACUUAUUCCAAGUGCAUUUUUCUUAUUUAUAUCUUAAAAUAUCUAUGUAGCACUACUACAGAAAUUCUGCAAGUUUCUGUUUCAAAGCACAGUAACUAGUAAUACCAAAGACUAUUUCAAAAUGUCCAGAUGUAGGGGAAGAGAUGUUUACAGUAUGAUGAAAAUAAUUUUCGAAGUAAAGUGAUGUUUGUGUGUUUUGUACACUUAGGGAUAUCUAUAGCUACAUUCACACACUCACAAUUUAAAAUACUUCCCCUAGUUUUUUGGGGGGAUAGGAAGAAAGAUUUGUUACUAUAUUUUUUUAACUAUAUAGAAAUAGAUCAAUGAAGGUCAGCAUUGGCCUCUGUGUACAAACCAAGAGCUUUUACAGAUCCAGAAUUUAUUAUUUUAAAAUGCAGGUGAAUUUUUUUUUGCCUUUGGUUUACUUGUCUGUUAAAUGUUUCUUUAAACAUGAAACUGAAUAAGGAGAGGAGUAUUUUUAACACUUAAAUUUCUUGGAAAUUUUUAAAACAUUUUUUAGUCUGCAACCCACUCCACUUGAAGCACUUAAGUCUUCCUUAAAUGACUUUUCUUAAGUAACGAUACUGUGUGUUUUCCCAAAGCACUUUUAAAAACACUUCUAUAAAUUACUAUCUGUUGAAAAGGUGUCCUUUUCCUUUCUGCUAGUGUUUUUUUUUCUUACCAAAAUUCACUAAUCUUGAAUGUUUGUAAUAUUAAAUUUCAAAUGCAGAAUACUUGACUCAUUUAAAGCUAAAUUUUGUUACUGAUUUAAUUAUAAUUGUAAUGGAUUUUUUACUUUGUAAUGGAUUCUUUUCAUCAAAAAGCCUUAUUUUUUAUCUAUAUGGAAAACACAAUAAAAAGUCCUCAACACUAUUGUAA